AUGGCGAAUGGUGGCAGUGUUGGAGUACCUUCCCCUGCCCGGAUGACCCGCACCGAGGCAGAGGCAAAGUACGCCAAACUCUUGGACUCCCUGAUGGAUGUUAUGGGAACACUGGAAGCGGCUGUGCAGGCGGCCCCCAACACAAAGUUGGAUAUCAAGACGGCCGUAAGAACAAUGGGUGCAAAUCUUAGGGAUUUUAAAGGACUUGCUAAGAUGCUGGGCAUGGUCAGGAACCCGGACGCAGUUGAGCAACGCAUAAAGUCACUGCAGCAGCAACAGCUCCAGCAGCACUCGCAAUCCUUCAAGCUGAUGAGCGAAAUACGGGCGGAGCAGGUGCGGUGUCUGGAACAAGGUAACGGGGUGCAUGCAACGUCUCCCAGCCAAAACCUGCCGCAAGAGCUGGACGCAGUGAAUCUCCAACUGUUGGAGCAGGGGAAGAAGAUGGACCUGGGAUAUAACCAGACCCUGCAGUUGAAAGAGCAGAUUAACAACCUACUGCAAGAACGACGGCAGGACUCCAAGCUGCCACAACAGCAGCGUAACAGACGGCAAAAGAAAAAGCAAGUGGCCGCUGACCCUGCAUCGCAAACGGCUGACUCAGAGAAGUUGGCCACUCAGAUCAUGCCAGUGGACCAAUCGGAGACUCCUGAACAAAGCCAAAACUCCGAAUGGACGGAAGCCAGGAAGAAGAAGUCGAAGCCGGCCUUAGUUAACUUGGAACCAAAUCGGCCCCCUCGUAAGCCCUGGGACGCCGCUGCUCUGGUGCGCAAACGUACCCCGAAAACGGAAGCCGUCACGAUUAGCAACCCCAAGGAGGGUACAUCGUACGCCGAUGUCAUGAAGAAGGUCAUGUCCGAGGUAAACCUCCAGGAGAUUGGAGUGGAGGUCAGCAAUACACGCCGCACCAAGGCAGGAGGUAUCUUGCUUGAAAUAAAAGGUAAAGCCGGUGCUGACUUGUUAGCGGAACGACUAAAAAAUACAAUCGGGGAUCAAGCCUGUAUCUCCAGGCCCUCAAGGACUACACAAAUCCUGGUGGUCAACAUUGCUGACUGGCUGGAAGAGGCAAGGGUGAUCGAUGACAUCCGGCGCGCUGACGAAGGUCUGCAGUCAGCAACUAUUGUAGUCAGGAACAACUCAGGAGGUGGUAGAGUAGCUGCUGUAAAGGUGUCCAUGGCCACUGCCCUGCGGUUGUCAGCUGCGGGUGCUAUUCGGGUCGGCAUGGGCAACUGCCGUGUCAAACUGCUCGAAAACAGGAAAGCUAGAUGCUACCGGUGUGAUGAACUAGGCCAUAUGGCUAGAAAUUGUACGGCAGUCUCGGCGGUGAUGAAGUGUUUCCGAUGCCACCGAGUAGGCCAUCUAAUCGCUGAUUGUACGGGCGCACCAAAAGUGGUCAGUGAUCUACCAAGUGCAUCAGUCGUUGGAGAAACUAGCCCCUCCGGGGCGGUCCAUCCGCCGGCUUGA